AUGGGCCCCUGUACCGCCUCCUCAUGCUGCUGCCAGGCCCGUAAUCUGCCAUGGGCCCCCGUACCGCCUCCUCAUGCUGCUGCCAGGCCCGUAAUCUGCCAUGGGGCCCCUGUACCGCCUCCUCAUGCUGCUGCCAGGUCCAGAGUCUCUCAUGGGUCCCUGUACGGCCUCCCAUUGCUGCUGUCUCCAUCGCCACACUCUGCCAUGUGCCACUUUCAGGUCUCCUCACACUGCUGGUGUGUUCCAUUUUGUCAUAGGGUGCUGGCAGAUUACGGGCCUCCCAUUGCUGCUGCCAGGCCCGUAAUCUGCCAUGGGCCCCUGUACCGCCUCCUCAUGCUGCUGCCAGGUCCAGAGUCUCUCAUGGGUCCCUGUACGGCCUCCCAUUGCUGCUGUCUCCAUCGCCACACUCUGCCAUGUGCCACUUUCAGGUCUCCUCACACUGCUGGUGUGUUCCAUUUUUUGUCAUAGGGUGCUG